AUGCCACGACGCCGAGGGAACAAAGAAUACUACGCGAUCGUUACGGGGCGCGUCAAGGAGCCCACAAUAUAUUCAUCGUGGGGAGAUGCCCAUCCUCGCAUAACCGGGUGUGAAUCGAAAUACAAAAGCUGCUGGACCCUUCAAGAAGCACGCACCUAUAUGGAACGAAUGGGUGCGACCAAGGUGAAGGAGGUUAUUAAGAGCGGAGCGGGAGAAACGACUCCUUUGGGUGGAAAUGGAUUUUAUGCUGUCGCGAAUGGAAAAAGACCCGGCAUCUAUCCCUUUUAUUACGGCGAAAACGGUGCUGAGAAAGAAGUCACUGAAGAGAAAGGUUCAUGCCAUAAACGAUUUAGAACGAUGGCCCAAGCCGAAGCAUUUAUUGAAGAUUGGAAAGAAACAUACGCUCAAAUCUGGCAUGAAAUAAUAAAGAACGCAUUGGAUCGAGGCCACAGACCUCUCAAUAGUGAUGCUUUCAGACCUCACAAGAUGGGGUCGAUAAUUAACCUAUUUUUAUGCGAGGGUAGUGGAUGCUCUGAAGUUGACGACAUCACGGAAAUAACUAAGAGUCAGCUUUUAUUACAAGACAACAGAACAAACGAUAAGAAAACCGUUUGA